AUGCCUACCGCGGACACACGAUGCGCCUCGACGGGCGGGCGCAACCCAACGGCGCGAGGUGCGCCACGGCGUCUGCCCCAACGGCCGCCAAAUGUCGGGUCCGCACCACCGCGACCUACGGGCCCGUCGCCGUCGACAUGUCGGGUCCACGGGUCCGGCUCGCCCGGCAACAGCGUCGCCUGCGACCAGAAGGGUGCAGAUGGCGAGCGGCCUUGUCGACGCCCGGCCUCUCCGCCGGCGGGCAACCCGACGUACCACGUUGCCGCGCGCAACAGAAAAGGGGUCGGGGCACGACUUGACGUUUCUCGAACGUGCGCAUCCGACACGAGCGCCUUGAAUCUCGUCGCGGCCGCGACUGACCAUGGCGAGGGCGAGCCAAGAUGCGCGCUCUGGUCAGCGACGCCGCGCGAGGCGGGGUGUCGUCUGCCGGCGCGCGCGUCCGAUGGCGCAUGCCGGAUACCAGGAUACCAGGCUGCGCUGGAGGACCCCGACCUUGGUGUCUGCCCGGUGCUGCUGACCCGGCCGAUGGGCCUGAGCGAGCUGGUGCUGAGCAAGACCAAGGUGCCAGCGCAUUGUGCUGGGCCGCGCGGGCCAUGA